AUGUUCUUAUUAAAAGUAUGUGAAUUUAUCUCUAAAAACCAAGAAUUUCAGAUAUCGAAUUAAGAUACUCUUCUCUAAAAUAAUAUAUAAAAUUACUCAUUAGUUAACUCUAAAAAUUAUUUAGCAGUUUUAACUAUCUAGCUCGAUUAAAAUAACAUAUAUUAUACCAGUUUUAACUUGAUCCAAGUCCGCUUAAAUCCAUUUUGCACUUAACAAAUUUAAGGAAUAUGGUAUUCAGAUAAUCAAAACCCUUUAGCUCUCUGCAGUUAAUAAAACUUUUAUUGGAAUAUCAUGUUAGGCAUUAUCUUAUCUUCCUACAGGCUUAUCAUAAAUACCUACAAGUUUUAUUUAACUCCAAAUAUAACUAACUCACCUUUAUCAAGCUAUUAUUAAAUCAAUUAAUUGAUAGCUACCUAGGCACCAAGUUAGAUAAAUUCUAUUUAUCCUUUUGAUAAAUCACAAACCAACUUAUUGUAUCCUAAUGGCUUACAUUUAGUAUCUACUAUGCCUUUUGGUUACCCUGAAACUUUAAUUAUAACUAGAUCUGAUUAAUCGUUUUAAAAUUGUAGUGAUAGCAAUAUUUGUUAACCUUUGUGCUCUUAAAUAAAUGAUUCUUCUGUUUGUAAAUGCGAGUUAGCUGGUUAUGAUGGGUACUGUAAAUGUAAAUAAGGCUAUUACAAAGAUCCUACUUUAGGUUGCUAGAAAUGUCCUUAUUUUUGCCAAACAUGCGAUUAAAGUAAUUAUUGCACAUCUUGCCCUCAAGCUUCUAACAGAAUGCAAAUAACUGAUUCUAAUGUAUGUGCUUGUUUAAAUGGCUAUCAAGAUGAUUAAAAUUUAUAAAUAUGUUAUAAAUGUGAUGAUUCUUGUUUGACCUGUAAUGGCCCAAAUAAUAAUAAUUGUAUCCUCACACAUAAAUUUAAAAUGGAGUAUGUUAGUGUCUUCCAAGAUAUUAUAAAACAAGUAGUAAUUAAUGCUCUUAAUGUAAUCCUUCCUGUUUAACAUGCUCUGAUGGGUCUUUAAAUGGUUGUCUCACAUGUAACUAAGAUAAUAAUUUUAUUAAAUCUAGCUUAAUUUCCUUAUCCUCUUCAUGUAUCUGUAAAGAUAAUUAUUACUAAAGCAGCGAUUUAACAAAUUGUUUAUAGUGCCAUCCUACUUGUUUAACUUGCUUAAAUAGCUCUAGCAAUAGCUGUAUUUCCUGUGAAACUUCCAAUAAUUUCAUAAGAUCAAACACAUAAAAUUAAACAUCAUAAUGUAUUUGCAAGGAUGGGUAUUAUUUGA